GUGUAAGGCGAGCCUGGCAAUAGCGAGGGGAGGCGUCAGAGUCCUUGCUCGUUAACUAUAGGCAAAGGGCGACUGGCAAUCACAGCCUGCGUUUCCAUAUACUGUCCGGGCAUAGACUGGUUUUACACAUUGUUCUCCUUAGCGACAUGGCCGGAGAUACUUUCAGAGCGUUGCGGCUGUGUCAGCGCCACUGGGCACUGUUGCACCACAACCCAGGCUCUGCCCCACUGGCCCAUCUGAGCUCCUGGUCUGCAAGCCCGGAGUACACGGUGGGGAUGUCGGCCUGUCACCAGAGGGCUGCCGACCACAUGGUGGAAGGGGCCAUUCGGAACGGCGGCCUGUACAUCAAGCUGGGCCAGGGUCUGUGUGCCUUCAACCACCUGCUUCCCCCCGAGUACAUCCAGACCCUGCGCGUGCUGGAGGACCGGGCUCUGGACAGGAGACACAAGGAGGUGGACGCUCUGUUCCUGGAAGACUUCCAGAGCACUCCUGACCAGAUGUUCAAGACGUUCGACUACGAGCCCGUGGCGGCAGCGAGCCUGGCUCAGGUGCACAGGGCGGAGCUGCAGGAUGGGACUCCUGUGGCCGUCAAGGUGCAGUACAUAGACCUCCGAGACCGAUUCGAUGGGGAUAUACGGACAGUGGAAAUACUUCUGGACAUCGUAAAGUUCAUGCAUCCCAGCUUUGGAUUCCGAUGGGUGAUAAAGGAUUUGAAAGGAACGCUGGCCCAGGAGCUGGAUUUCGAGAACGAAGGCCGGAACUCGGAGCGCUGUGCCCAGGAUCUCAAACACUUCAAAUUCAUUGUCAUUCCCAAAGUUUACUGGGACAAGACCAGUAAGAGGGUCCUGACAGCAGAUUACUGUGAAGGUGUGAAAGUCAACGACGUGGAAGCAAUCAAGAAGCAGGGCGUCAGCCUGAAAGAUACCUCCGAUAAGCUGAUUCGAACGUUUGCGGAGCAGAUAUUUUACACUGGUUUCAUUCACGCAGACCCUCACCCUGGGAAUGUCCUUGUGAGAAGAGGUCCAGAUAAGAAAGCUGAAUUAGUUCUUCUGGACCAUGGACUAUAUGAAUUCCUGAGCAAAAAUGACAGGGUGGCUCUGUGUAAGCUGUGGCGAUCCAUCAUUCUGCGAGAUGAGCCAGCUAUGAAGAAGUACUCUGCUGACCUGGGAGUCCGAGAUUACUUCCUGUUCUGCGAGAUUCUGCUCCAGCGGCCCAUCAACAUGCGCGAUAUGGGGCUGGCCAACAUCCUUACGCGGGAGGAGACGGCCUACAUGCGGGAGAUGGCCAUGAACCGCUUUGAGCGAAUCAUGGAGGUCCUGAAGGCUCUGCCUCGGCCCAUGCUCCUGGUCUUCCGCAACAUCAACACGGUGCGCAGCAUCAACAUCGCCCUGGGGGCGCCUGUGGACAGAUACUUCGUCAUGGCGAAGAGUGCCGUGAAGGGGUGGAGCAGGAUACAGUCGGAUGAGCUCAGAGGGCUGCCCCGCUUCGGCGUGUUUCGCUGGCUGCGGGUAGUGUGGGAGAGCCUCAAAUUCGAAUGCGCAUUAAGGUCUGAGGUGGUGCUGAUGCACCUGACAGCCUCACUGCUUCGCCUGCUGGUUCAUUUCGGUCUCCUGCCCCCGGAUGAACAGGUGUACCAGUACCUGCAGCACUGACCUUGGCCGGCUCGGGGACGGGCAGGCACAUCUCAUUACCUCAUCCGCGCAAGACGAUCCAUCUCAAGCAGGAUUCAUACUUUUGUUGUGCUGUAGCAGACAGUACCGGUGCCACUGUGGUCCGGGUCUGCGCUGACCACUUGGGGAAAGCAGAGCACUUUUCAAAGGAAGGUCAGUGUCCCUCUCGGCGUCUUCACACUGGUUCUGACCAAAAAGCCAAAGCAGCUCAGCACUCUGUCCAGUAUUCACACUGGGAACACUGGUAAAUGAACUAGACCUGGAUCAAAAUGCAACAUGGACCUUGUUUUUUUUAGGCAAAACGACAAUGCAAGACUUUUGAAGAAGAAACGAAUGCAGACCGGCUGAUACAAAUAUCGCUUAUUAAACUUGUAGAUGUUGUGGUUGGACUCAACAAGUACACAUCAAUCUAGUCUUCAAACUGUGAGCCCUUUGCAAAUAGCACUCAAAGUAAUGUGUUUGCACACAUUGAGAGGGUGGAAAGAAAGACCAUGUUUAACAGUAGGGGUGAAUUAAAAAUAUUUUUACCUUCAGUUUUAAAUACGUGUUGGAAACAUGCAAUAUUAUUUUGCUGACAUUUCAUCACUGUCAGAUUUUUAUGUCUAUACUCUUGUGAUUUAUGAAGUUUCCAAAGUUAGGUAAGUUCAGUGACAGUUUUGUCAAGCUUCGUCUAUUGCUUGGCGGGGACUCCUGUUUCCCUGCACUACAAGAACGUGUUUUGCGUGACUUGUGUUGCAAGAGCCUGCUGGAUCUGGGGUGUAGCUCAGCAUGUGACAAGCACUCAGGGUAAGUGGCUUUGCAAGAAUCCUGUAGCCACACCUCUACAUUUAAUAGCACUGCUACACUAAUAGUCUAGUUAUUUGGAAGCUAAUUUACUCGGUACAAGAGAGAAAUUUGUAAAGGUUAGUAAAUGUCUCCAGUUCCUCUGGGUGUGUAUUGUGGACAGAUGGUCAUGCAGUCGCCCUCAGUCCUACACUUCCAGAUAUGCUGCAGGUCUCCACGGCCAUUCCUGUGAAACUGAAGUUGUACUAGGUGAACAUACUGAAGAUACUUGAUUCCUGACUGGAUGGAAAGGCAGCAUCCAGGAAACCAGGCCUCUUCGAUUUUCACUUUUUCAGUUGUUUUUUAAACUAACCCAGGUGAAAGACUUAACUCGCUAAGUAAAAUUUUCACUAAAUUUGGAUUCAGCCACUUCUGGUUUCUAGAGCACCUGCUUUGUCUCUUGAUUAAACAGGAAUUGCGAUCUCAAGAAAACUUACUGAAAGUUAUGUCAUAGAACAUUUUACAUUCACAUGGUUUUAAACUAACAUUUUGUGUUGAGAAAUACUGCAGAUUUUAUUGAACUUAAGAAGGCCACUUAAAGAGUAUGUGUCUUCAAUUAAUUACCUGUGCCUUGCGAGUUGCUGUUAAAAUAUCGAGUUGCCUGCUGUUCAGCGCCUUUUUACUGUAGGAGUGGUCCUGUUUUAAGUGUCAUCAGGUUUUCCCUCCGCUUAAGAAUUUGCUGAUCAAAGGUUAGACUGAUUACGGUAAUAGUGUAUAAUUUUAAGGUGUGAAACUAACUAUCAAUAUAACAAUAUUACUUUAAGCAAUUAUUGAACAGUACCUCAUGUGCUAUCCUGUGUAAAAAAAAAUCCAAAAUGCACAAUAUGCAUACCUCGUUAUCAUGAUUAGAACAAAAGUUACAAAUGAGAUUUUUACCUGUCUUUGUUUCUCUUCCAGACAGUUUGCAUAGAAUUAAGUAUGUUUUACAGGCAACAGUCUGCCCUGACUGAUAGACAUCUCUGGUCUUUUAUGAAAAUGAAAAGUUUGCUUAAUUUUUUGUAAUUAUGCAUAAACUAUUUAUAAACAGUGGUGAUAAUGAAGCUUAUUUCUGUGUUGAAAUGUUGCAGUUCUGUAAUCAGGUCUUUUUUCUAUCUGAGAUUCCAAUUUCAUUAAAAGCCCAGUCAAGCCAA